UGCAGGCCCCGCCCCCUCCCCGGUUCCCUGCACCGGGGCCCGCAUGGCUGCCGGCACGCGCGCGGCGGCCGGACCUCGGUCCCGCGCUGCCAUGGCGCAGUGGAGGAAAAAGAAGGGGCUGCGGAAGCGCCGAGGCGCGGCCUCCCAGGCCCGCAGCAGCGACUCGGAGGACGGCGAGUUUGAGAUACAGGCGGAAGAUGACACCCGGGCCCAGAAGCUGGGACCUGGCAGACCCCUGCCCACCUUCCCCACCUCGGAAUGCACCUCAGACGUGGAGCCGGACACGCGGGAGAUGGUACGCGCCCAGAACAAGAAGAAGAAGAAGUCCGGAGGCUUCCAGUCCAUGGGCUUGAGCUACCCAGUGUUCAAGGGCAUCAUGAAGAAGGGCUACAAGGUGCCAACACCCAUCCAGAGGAAGACCAUCCCGGUGAUCCUGGAUGGCAAGGACGUGGUGGCCAUGGCCCGGACCGGCAGCGGCAAGACGGCCUGCUUCCUUAUCCCCAUGUUCGAGCGGCUCAAGACCCGCAGCGCCCAGACCGGGGCCCGCGCCCUCGUCCUCUCGCCCACCCGCGAGCUGGCCUUGCAGACCAUGAAGUUCACCAAGGAGCUCGGCAAGUUCACAGGCCUCAGGACCGCCCUGAUCCUGGGCGGGGACAAGAUGGAAGACCAGUUUGCCGCCCUGCAUGAAAAUCCCGACAUAAUCAUUGCUACCCCUGGGCGCUUGGUGCACGUGGCUGUGGAGAUGAACUUGAGGCUGCAGAGUGUGGAGUACGUGGUGUUCGACGAGGCCGACAGGCUCUUUGAGAUGGGGUUUGCUGAGCAGCUGCAGGAAAUCAUCAGCCGCCUCCCCGGGGGCCACCAGACCGUCCUGUUUUCUGCCACGCUGCCCAAACUGCUGGUGGAGUUCGCGCGGGCGGGCCUCACGGAGCCCGUGCUCAUCCGGCUCGAUGUGGAUGCCAAACUCAACGAGCAGCUCAAGACCUCCUUCUUCCUGGUGCGCGAGGACACCAAGGCUGCCGUGCUGCUCCACCUGCUGCGCACCGUGGUGCGGCCCCAGGACCAGACGGUGGUGUUUGUGGCCACGAAGCACCACGCCGAGUACCUCAGCGAGCUGCUGACGACGCAGGGGGUGAGCUGCACCCACAUCUACAGUGCCCUGGACCAGACGGCCCGCAAGAUCAACCUCGCCAAGUUCACCCACGGCAAGUGUUCCACCCUCAUCGUGACGGACCUAGCAGCCCGCGGCCUGGACAUCCCGCUACUGGACAACGUCAUCAACUACAGCUUUCCUGCCAAGGGCAAGCUCUUCUUGCACCGCGUGGGCCGCGUGGCCCGGGCCGGCCGAAGCGGCACAGCCUACUCCUUGGUGGCCCCAGACGAGGUCCCCUAUCUGCUGGACCUGCACCUGUUCCUCGGCCGCGCCCUCACCCCUGCCCCCCCCCAUGAGGGGUCCUCAGGUGCGGGCGGCGCGGACGGCGUGCUGGGCCGGGUGCCGCAGAGCGUGGUGGACGACGAGGAGGGCGGCCUGCGGAGCACCCUGGCAGCGGUGCUGGAGCUGCGGGGCCUGGGCCGGGUGGCCGACAACGCCCAGCAGCAGUACGUGCGCUCCCGGCCCGCGCCCUCGCCUGAGUCCAUCAAGCGGGCCAAGGAGCUGGACCUCGCGGGACUGGGUCUGCACCCCCUCUUCAGCUCGCGCUUCGAGGAGAAGGAGCUGCAGCGGCUGAAGCUGGUGGACAGCAUCAAGAGCUACCGCUCGCGGGCGACCAUCUUUGAGAUCAACGCCUCCAGCCGGGACCUGAGCAGCCAGGUGAUGCGCGCCAAGCGGCAAAAGGACCGCAAGGCCAUCGCCAGCUUCCAGCAGGGACGGCAGGGGCGGCAGGAGGACACAGCUGGCCCCGCCCCCGGCUGCCCGGCACCCCUGGAACAGAAGCCCCAGGAGGAGGAGGAGGCAGCGGGAGAGAGUAUGGAGGAUGUCUUCACGGAAGUCAUGGGCCGGAAACGGCAGCAGCUGGGACCCAACCAGGGAGCCAAGAGGCGGAGGGAGGAAGCCCGGCGUCGGGACCAGGAGUUCUACAUCCCCUACCGGCCCAAGGACUUUGACAGUGAGCGCGGCCUGAGCAUCGGUGGGGAUGGGGGGGCAUUCGAGCAACAGGUGGCUGGCGCUGUCCUGGACCUGAUGGGGGACGAGGCCCAGAACCUGACCAGGGGCCGGCAGCAGCUCAAGUGGGACCGGAAGAAGAAACGGUUUGUGGGACAGUCAGGACAGGAAGACAAGAAAAAGAUAAAGACCGAGAGUGGCCGCUACAUCAGCAGCUCCUACAAACGGGACCUCUACCAGAAGUGGAAACAGAAACAGAAAAUCGAUGAUCGUGACUCAGAAGACGAAGGACCAUCCCACCAGCGAGGCCCAGAGCGAAGAGGCGGGAAGUGGGGCAGAGGCCAAGGUGCGUCCCAGCCCCGCACCCCAGGCGCCCCUGCAGGCCGCGUGCGCUCGGAGCUCAAGACCAAGCAGCAGAUUCUGAAGCAGCGGCGCCGGGCGCAGAAGCUUCGCUUCCUACAGCGCGGGGGCCUGAAGCAGCUCUCGGCCCGCAACCGCCGCCGCGCGCAGGAGCUGCAGCGGGCCGCCUUCGGCCGAGGCGCCCCCGCCAAGAAGGGCAAGAUGAGGAAGAGGAUGUGAGGCAGGUGAGCCAGCCCCGGGCUCCUCCGUCAGCGGAUGUCCCCAUGUGCCACUGCGUGCCUGGCCCUGUGCCGGCCGUGGAGCCCGCUGCAGAAGAGGGGUGCUGCCUCUGCCCGGGAUGGAGCCAUUCAAACAGGGUCUUCGGGGGUGCCCGGCGGUUUGCUGGCAGGGUCGGGACACUCAGCUGCUGCUGCUUCCACGUGUUCUAGGUGGUUCCUGAGCUCCAAGGUGGUGGCCACAUGGGGCCAAGCCCUGCGUGCCUCAGGCCCAGUGAUGUAUUUUUAAUGUAAUAAACCUUUACUAAGCACCUCGA